UUAACAGUCUUCAACAGGAAAUAAUCACAGCAAUCAACAGCAGGUUACCUACCACUGCCUUAUAAAUUCUUGAGAAAGUUGAAUAAAUUAAGUUUUAAUUUUAUUAAAUAUUUUAAUAUGUUCUAAGAAUUGCUAAGCUGUUGUAUUUAUUCUUUAUUUCUUGUGCUUUUUGACUUCAAUUGACCAAAUUCCACUGAGCAAAAACAUGUGCUAUUAAAUAAUGAGUGAGUAAUAUUUAUUGAGAUAAUCAACUUUUUGAUACCACACUGUCUCUGCGCAAUGAAAACUUGCAGCUUACCAUUCAAAAUGAAAAAUUAAGACAAGGCAGCCAGUCUCCAAGCAUUUAUGGUGGGUCGGACUUCAGUAAGAUAUCGGCUUUGGAACAUAAGAUUCUAAGUCAACAGGAAGAGUUAACCGAAUUGCAUAAACGUAGAGGAGAGAAUGCACAACUACUAAUUGAUCUCAACAAUAAAAUGCAAGAGAAGGAUAAAAAAAUUGAGGUUGCUGAUAAGAGCCUUCUGGAGAAUGCCAAGCUAAUAACCAGUUUACGAGCGGAAAUAGAGCUAUAUCAAAGGAGUAACACAGAACUUAAAGCCUUAAAUCAGGUUCUCAAAGAUGAGCAUCAGGCCUUGCAAUUGGCAUUUACUCAUCUGGAAGCUAAAUUGAGAAAAGUUCAGGAUGAAAAUCGGGAGAUCAUUGACAGAUUAAAACAAUAUAAAUCUAAAGACGCUGAAAAAAUGAAUGAGGAAAAUGAGAAUUUUGUGAGGAAAAAGAAUGCAAAGAUGCAGAAAGAACUAGAAGACGCUGCCAAGGACAUGAGGGGACUGUCCCCAGAUAGCUUCUCCCUUAACAACGUUGGUCCUGUGUUAUUGUGUGCCUCUGUACCUACCAAACCUUCACUCAAGUUUGACGCACACGAGAGUGAAAUAAGUGCAGUGCGGUGGAGCCCCGUGGACCACGUGGUGGCGACGGGAGGUGCAGACCGCCGUGUCAGACUCUGGGAUGUUUCCAAAGGACUGCCUGAGAGCAAGGGAAUGCUGGUUGGCUGCAACCAAGGUGUAAUGUCAGUGGAUUUUGACUCCAACUGUACUCACAUCAUCUGUGCCUCCAAUGACUUUGCCUCCAGGGUGUGGACCGUUGCAGACCAGCGACUGAGGCAUACCCUUACUGGUCACAGUGGUAAGGUGAUGGCAGCCAAGUUCCUGGGAGAGUCCAACAAAGUCGUCACUGGCAGUCACGACCGUACACUUAAGAUUUGGGACCUCAGAAGUAAACAGUGUACACAGACCAACUUUGUAGGGUCGAGCUGUAACGAUUUGGUGACAUCAGAUGGAGCUGGCACUACAAUCAUCAGUGGCCACUUCGAUAAGACUAUUCGCUUCUGGGACAUGAGAAAUGAAGGGUCGACCAAUAGGAUCGAGGUCAAUGGCAGGGUAACAUCACUGGAUUUAUCUAGAGAUGCAAAAUAUUUGCUGAGCUGUGUUCGAGAUGACACCUUGCGAGUUUUGGAUCUGAGGAUGAACCAAAUUGUUGGCACAUUUGGUCAUGAUGGAUUCAAAGUGGGCUGUGAUUGGUCUCGAGCUGUGUUCAGUUCGGAGGGUCAGUACGUCGCCGUCGGCUCUGUUGAUGGCUCAAUCUUCAUAUGGGAAGUUGCAACUCAGAAAGUACAACAGAUCCUCAGAGAUAAUCACUCGAGUCCUGUGACCGCUGUUGCAUGGCAUCCGUAUGGCAACCUACUGGCCAGUGUGGACCGUUCUAGGCGCACAGUGGUCUGGUCUGAGUAGAGGCUCACCGCACACAAUGGAUGACCGAGUAACCUGCAUCAGGAUAUGCGCCAACAGAAUUUUGCUAUGUCUGUAAACUUGUGAUAGAAUAAACUCAACAAUGGGUGACUUAUUGCAUUAUUUUCUGUAAAAGUAUAGAUUUACACAGUCAAUAUAGCUAGUCAGUUUUAGAUAUUUUGAAAGUAAAGAAAUUAUUUAAGAAAAGGAUUUGUGAUAACUAAAAAGUAUAAGAGAUUAUAAACUUAAAUAAAAACAUUAAAUCAAGUACAUUUUCAAGGUUUAAAAACAUAUAACAUUGACUUUUUAAGAGUUCCUGUAACAAAUAAUUGCCUGGGGAAAAAGUUAAAAUUAUCUUUAUAUUUGGAAAUGCUAGAUUAUUUGCUUUAGAAACAUGUACACAUUAUAAUAUUUCAAUCAGAUAAAAUAUAUAAGGCAAUUACAAUAUGCUGCAUUGCAAAUGGCUAGAGCUAACUUUUAGAUGUUUAUAUAUAUACAUAAAAUUUGCUAUUUUUAUACAAAUACAACAUUGCCAUUACAAUUAUAUUUUAUUUUAAUGAGCUUCUUAAUAUUUUUUAAAAUCAGUAAUAGCUAAUAUUUUGUAUGGCUAAUGGAGAGAGCUCUGUAUAUUUAUUUUUUAAUAAUAUUAACUUUAACUUUUAAUAAGAAUAAUGUGAUUUAACUAUUAAGUGUAAGAGUUUUAACAUUAACAUCAUUAAUUAACGUUUUAGUCUAUAAUACUCAAUUAUUUUUUAUGUAUAUUUUAUGUUAAGUUCCGCCGUGUAGCAUGUGUUCCGGAUAUCGUGUAUAAGAAUGUAUGAUUUUUUUAGGUCAUGAUUAUUUUAAUACUAUAUAAGUGUUCCGUAAUAUAUUGUACAAUGUUGUAUAUAAGUUGUUUUGUAUAACAUGUAAUAAUUAAGCAAAUGUUUCUGAUUUUAUAGACACAAUAAAUUUGUUUUUAAGAACAA